AUGAAGGCAUCACCCAUAAUCGUCAACUGGCAUGCCGAGAAUGCCCCCAUAUACUCCGCGGACUUUCAACCCCAUGGAAAAGGGCGAUUGGCAACUGGCGGAGGAGACAACAAUGUUCGGCUAUGGAGGUUGGACUCGGAAGGAGAGGAUAGAAAAGUGGAAUAUCUCUGCACAAUGGCAAAACACUCGCAGACUGUCAAUGUUGUACGAUGGGCUCCGCGAGGAGAUGUUCUAGCUUCAGCUGGCGACGAUGGAAAUGUUAUUACUUGGGUUCUGGAUGCGAAAAAUGCGAAACCCAGAUUUGGAGAGGAGGGAAUCGAGGAUAAGGAGACUUGGAGGACGAAACACAUGUGCCGGUCUUCUGGACACGAGAUAUACGAUUUGGCAUGGUCACCAGAUGGGAUUUACUUCAUUACUGGAAGCAUGGACAAUGUUGCGAGGAUUUACAAUGCCCAAACUGGACAAUUGAUACGGCAGAUUGCUGAACACCAACAUUAUGUCCAAGGGGUGGCCUGGGAUCCGCUCAACGAGUACAUCGCAACACAGUCCUCCGAUCGAUCCGUUCAUAUCUACACGCUGAAGACGAAGGAGGGCCUGUACACGCUGGACAAUCGGGAUGAAGAGCCUAGGAAGAUUGGAACGAACAUGAAGAUGGAUCUGCCAGGUCGGAGAAUCUCGUCGCAUAGUCCUGCUCCUCCAAGCAUGGACUUACGAGCACAAUUCGCUGCAGAGAUUGGCAAUAUUGGAUCUCCAGUACCUUCAUGUCCAGGAACACCAACUUCUCUGGCUCUGCCAAUGAAUCCUCCGAGUACGAUCAGCCACAGUAGACGAUCCUCUUUUGGCGCUGCUUCUCCAGCGAUGUCUAUGCGAAGAUCGGCCUCACCAGCUCCCUCGUUACCUCUUCCUGCCGUGAUGCCAAUGGAAGCCUCGCCAAAACCGUACAGCAUGGGUUCGGCAGUGAAGAAUGCCCAUAUCUACUCCAACGAUACUCUGAAGUCUUUUUUUCGCAGGUUGACCUUCACGCCGGACGGAAGUCUUCUCUUUACGCCAGCCGGACAAUAUCAAUCACAAUUGAAAGGGCUGGAGGAGACAGCCAAGACGAUGUACGAGGUUAUCAAUACGGUCUACAUCUAUACGAGAGGGGGAAUCAACAAACCGCCCAUCGCACAUCUUCCAGGACAUAAGAAACCUUCGGUGGUGGUGAAAUGCUCUCCAGUGUAUUACACCAGCCGGAAAGCUUCUCCGCCAACGAAACAUAUAACAAUUGAUACUUCCUCGGAGGAUACGAUGUCUGCUCUUCCAGAACCGGCUGUCCAGUCUGUAAUGGAGCCUCCACCACUUGUACCACAGACUGACCCGUCUGGACCUACCUCUUCACCAAAGCCCAAGGCUUUAGAAGUGGAUACGAAUUCAAGUGCCACCCCUGGCCCAACGAUGGCCUUCUCCCUUCCAUAUCGGAUGAUAUACGCGGUGGCUACAGAAGACUCUGUUCUGAUGUACGACACUCAACAGCAGACUCCGCUUUGCAUAGUGAGCAAUCUUCACUGUGCAACUUUUACUGAUCUGACUUGGUCUAAUGAUGGUUUGACUCUACUCAUGACCUCGUCUGAUGGGUUCUGCUCCACUCUUACCUUUGCUCCUGGUGAGCUGGGGGAGAAAUACGUCGGUGAUAUACCCACGGCAAAGCAACCAUCUCUGACAGCUGUUUCUUCUUCGCAAAAUACCCCGAUGGCAACCCCUACCUCGAUUGCUCCACCUUCACCAUUUCCCCACAGUCACCACCGCACAUCAUCCACUGGCUUGGCUGCACCAUCACCCCCUCCCCAACCCAACAUCCGACCAUCAUCACCCACUCGAUCCAACUCCACUUCCUCGAUUGCCACUCAGUCGUCAUAUGCUCCGGGACAAAUAAUCAGCAAUCCGACCCUGGUUGGAAGUAGUAUUCCGAGCGUCACCGCCGGCGGAGUUGGUUUCGUUAGCAGCAUCCCGAUGUCGACGCCUCCCCAAACACCUGGCAGCACGUCUGGGAGUCAGAGUGGUGUCAAGCGAGAUGCAAGUGAGAGCGAGAGAGAGGAUGGAAGCCAUGAUAAGAAGAGAAGACGAAUCGCCCCGACACCAGUCAGCGAGGAGAAGCCUUCAACAGGGGCGGCUUGA